CAGUAAGCGGGAGGUGGGUGACGCUGUCGGAGGGUUGUUGUUGUUGUCGGAGGGUUGUUGUUGCUGGUGCUGCCGUCGCUGCUGCCGGUAGCACAGAGAGGCCAAGGCUGGGAUAAUGUCCCCUGGCUUGUUUGCUUCGCCGGGGCAGUUGCUGAGAAAACUCCGAAAGAUUCCACAAGGAGCUGCUUUCUUUGUCCGAAAGUCUGAGGUCAGAGGAUUGGCCCGGAGAUUACCAGCAAUUAAUUUGCAUACAACUGGAGCAGCUAUGGUUGCAACAGAAGCUGAAUUUGAUCAUGCAAAGGAUAAAUUGAAGACUUUAAAGAAAGAUCCUGGAAAUGAAGUAAAAUUGCAGAUAUACGCAUUGUUUAAACAGGCAACACAAGGUCCCUGCAAUUCACCAAAGCCAAGUAUGUUGGACUUCGUGAACAAGGCAAAAUGGGAGGCUUGGAAUUCACUUAGGAAAAUGUCCAAGGAGGAAGCUAGACAGAAAUAUGUGGAUUUCAUAGAAUCACUGGUUUCCACAGAGGUACUCACGCAGAGUAACGCCUCUGCCAUAGAAGAUAGGAAGGCAUCAUUCCAGACACUAAAUAUCACAACUGAAAACAACAUCACCACUAUUAUGCUAAACAGGCCAGCCAAAAAAAAUGCAAUUUCAAUCACGAUGUAUGAGGAAAUCAUGAAGGCACUUGAACAAGCUGCAAAGGAUGAUUCUACGCUAACUGUAAUGACAGGCAGUGGAGAUUAUUAUUGCAGUGGAAAUGAUUUGUCCAACUUCACUGAUAUUGGACCAGAAGGCAUGGAACAGAAGUCCAAGAAUUCAGCAGCACUAUUGAAGAGAUAUGUAAGCCAUUACAUCGAUUUUCCAAAGCCACUGAUUGGUGUAAUUAAUGGUCCUGCCGUUGGAAUUGCAGUUACCGUUUUAGGAUUAUUUGAUAUAGUCUAUGCCACUGAUAAAGCCACUUUCCACACACCAUUCAGUCAACUUGCCCAAAGUCCAGAAGGCUGCUCAUCUUACACCUUCCCUAAGAUGAUGGGUACUGCUAAGGCCAAUGAAAUUCUCCUGUUCAACAAGAAAUUAACAGCCGCUCAAGCUUGUGAACUUGGACUGGUGACCGAGGUGUUCCCCAACAGUACGUUCCAGAAAGAGGUUUGGAAAAGAUUGCAUACUUAUGCAAAACUGCCCAAAAAUUCUCUGGCCUUUUCAAAACGGCUAAUAAGAGGUGUUGAAAAGGAGACAUUGCAUGCUGUCAAUGCCCAAGAAUGUGACAGGCUGGUGGAGAGAUGGUUAUCUGAAGAAUGUAUGAAAGCCAUCAUGAGCUUCUUUGAAAAAAAGGCGAAGUUAUGAUUCAGCUUCUUCAAUACUCAGUAAUUGACAUCAGGAAACCUUUUGAUUGUACUAUUUUGCCCUUAAUGUUUGGAUUAUGUUUCAAUUUUAAUCAUUUUAUAAUUUCAUUUGUGAAAUAUUGUGAGAAAAUCAAACUCGUGUGGUUUUCCUCUGAUAAAUAUCCAUACAUGCAUAGUUUAAAAUAUUCGCUUAACAAGGUUAGUAUUUUGACAAAUUAUUAAAAGUGUUGAAGGGAAGGAAUUGGAAGUGGAAACAGAAUCAGAAUGAAUGAAAGUAAAACAAUGUGUAAUGCCCAGUUGUUCUUUUUAUGUUUAAAAAUCGUAAUCUUGCAUCAUAAAUGGAUAAUACCACAAGCAAUAAAAAGGAACUUUUGGAAGCCUA